GGUUUAUGGCUUCUACUAUGCAACACCCUGUGAGAUCCAACCUCUGCACCCAGUGUUUGGGCUCAAAGACCUCUCUAAAUCCAACCAUGAGGCUCUGAUAGUGACCAUCCUUGGGGAUGCUACCUUAACUCCAUAUUGCAUCUUGAAGAGCUGGUGGAUGACAGAGCCAUGGGGGUCUCAAGGGCCAAGAACAGCAGCAGGAAGCAAAAGAGUGAGUUGAAGAAGGGGAAGGAGGCACCAAAGGCAUCCAGGAGAAAGACCGUGAAGAAGGAACCAGAGGAAAUACGACAUGUGGUGCAGCCCCCUGUGGUAAAAGGGGAGAAAAAGAGAUCACCCAAGGCCAAGGAGAAACCACUGCAGGAAAACGUCAUCAGCAGCUCCCUAAAGCAAGAAGCUGCAGAAGGGAAAGGUGUCAUCUUGAGCCCCCGGGAUGGGAUCCAGGCAGAGGAGGAAGCUGCAUCUGGAUUGGAGACUGAAUCAACCCACAACCAAGGGCCAUCAGUGGGGCUGGGAGACUCCUCAAGGUCACAGCACAAACUUCGGAGACCAGAACUCGGAGCAGGAUGGCAACUUUCGGCGACCAAGGUUGGAGUUGGCGUCCCAAAACCAAGCGAUGGUGUUGCUGGUGGGGCUGCAUCCCUCUCUGGAGAGCCUGGGGCUUUGAAGAUGGAUGCGGGGGUCACCACUAUGAGGAAAGGUGAGGAGAAGGAGCUGGACCCCCCUGUUCCACAGCAGCAAGGUUCAAAGAGGAAAAGAGAGAAGAAGCAAGAGCAGAGGAAGCAGCAGGAAAAGAAAUUGGUGGGAAAAGGAGGGAGGAAGAAGGCUGAACUUGAGGAAAACCCUGUGGAUGUCAUGGAAGGUGUUGAGGAGGAGGAGGGGGUUGAUGGAGGCAGGAAUCAGGCAGGGGGAUGGAGCAGAACCAAGCGAGGGAGCAGCAGCACCCAGGGAUGGGGUGAUGGGAGGAAAAAGCAGGAGAAAGGGAAAGCAGAGAAGCACAAGAAGGCAAAAAGAGAUGAGGUGGAGAAGAUGAGGAAGAAGAAAAGAAGGGAAAACACACUUGAAGAGGAGCAAGUGCUGGAGAAGACGGAUGAGGAAGGAGAGAAAGAAGAGGGAGAGGGACUGAAGGAGAGAGAUGGGAGAAAGGAAAGUGAAGGUGGAAAAGUAAUGAAGGAGGAAGAGGAGGAGGUGGAUGCUAAAGGGGAUGAAGGAUGGGGAGAGACAUGGAGUGCAGAGGUUGGGCAGGAGAUGGAGGAAGAUGAGGUGGGGGAGGGAAAUGUGUCAGGGAAACAGAAAAAGCGGAAAAUCAAGGAGAAAAAGCCAAAGGAGGAAAUGGAAGAGAAGGAGAAAAAGAGCAAAGAGAAGAGUGAAGAAGAGGAAGUUCCAAAGAAAACUCAGAAGAGGAAAUCUAAGGAAGAAGGAGAAGAAAAGAACAAUAAAAAGGCUAAAAAGGAAGAGAAAGAGGAAGAAAAGAAAGAGUCAGAAAACAAGUGGAAAUGGUAAGUGCCG